AUGGCUACUCCCCAGAUCACUCUCACCAGCUCCGAUGGUGUCGAUGUCACCGUUGAGCGCACCGUCGCUGAGCGAUCCGUUCUGAUCAAGAACAUGCUCGAGGAUCUCGGUGACUCCGGCGAAGCCAUCCCCAUUCCCAACGUCAACGAGGCUGUCCUCCGCAAGGUCAUCGAGUGGUGCGAGCACCACAAGAACGACCCCCCCCACCGCCGGCGACGAGGACGACAACCGUCGCAAGACCAGCGAUAUCGAAGAGUGGGACCAGAAGUUCAUGCAGGUCGACCAGGAGAUGCUUUUCGAGAUCAUUCUGGUGAGUUUCUCCAGGCGCCUGCUUGCUACCGCGCGCCCGCGGCCGCCAAUUACCUCGACAUUAAGGCUUUGCUAGACGUCGGCUGCAAGACCGUCGCCAACAUGAUCAAGGGCAAGUCCCCCGAGGAAAUCCGCAAGACCUUCAACAUCCAGAACGACUUCACUCCCGAGGAGGAGGACCAGAUCCGCCGUGAGAACGAGUGGGCCGAGGAGUGA